UCGCGGGCCGUAGGUGGCGCACCCGGGAGGACUUGGCGGGGGUCCGGCAGUGGGCGCCGCGGCGCUGCGAGGUUCUGCAGCAUGUGUCUGUGCUGUAGGGAGGACGACGCUGUCCAAGUCAACGCCGAAGGCUCGAAAUGGCAUCAUCCUUCAGACGUCACUGAAAGGCAGUCCACAGAUAAACGUAUAGAGCGUAUGCAAAACCUAAGGAAACAGAAGAGGAAAUUUAGUAAACGGUUUUCAAGGCCUGCCCCUGUUCCAGAACCAGGACUCCUAUGGACAUAAAGCUGAAGUCUGUAUGGAAGAAAUCAUGCCAGACCAAAAUAUGCAGAUUUCUAACAUCAAGUGGCAUUUUGUGAUUUGACUUCGUUUGAAAAAUAAAGACAAUGCUCUGCCAUUUCAGCAAAAUAAACAGUGCAACCAUUUAACAUCCAAGCUACAGGGUCUAGAAUUUUAUUAAAUACCGUAUCUUACCACCACUUUCUUUUCUGUGGUAAUUUGAGAUUUGCUUCUUUUCAACAAAUAAUAAUAUGCAUAAGCCUUUGAAAACGAGGUAUUCAUGUUUACAUUUUUACAAUUGGAUUUACAACUUAUUUAGAGAUUUAGAAUUAUGCUUUAAUAAUAGGGGGAAAUAAGUUUCCUCUGCUGUAUAUUUAUAAUGACUUGUGUUUAAACAAAAUGUUUAAAAUCUUUAAACAGUCCUAGGAAAGAGUUUUGUUUUGUUCUGUUUUGUUUUUUAUUGAAGUAUAGUUGAUUAACAAUAUCAGUUUCAGGUGUGCAAUGUAGUGAUUCAAUAUUUUUAAAGAUUCUACUCCAUUUAAAGUUACUAUAACAUAUUGGCUAUAUUCUCUGUCCACAUAGUGGAAACUAUGUGUCUGUGUGUAUAUAUUUAUAUAUGUGUGUUGUAGAGGUGUGGUAUUGCCAAUAUUAAUUUGUAAAAGAACUCUAUUUAGUUGGCUUAAAGGAAAUUAAGUGCUUAUAUAAAUACUCAGAAAUAUAAAAGAAAGUAACCCAAAUGAAUUUUAGGAUCACAUGAUCUAGAAUUAAUAGAUUAAAUGAAAUAGAUUUAAUUUAAAUGAAUGAAAACAAGUUUCAGUUGGUUGGUUUAAUUAAUACAGACAUUUCUUUAGGGUCAUCAACAUUAAGUAUAAUAUUUUUAUUGUACCUAGGUUUACUAGAAAUCAAAUAAGAUCUUAUCCCCAUUACAAAAUUUGUCAGCAAGAAAAAUAACUUGAUAUGAUGAAACUUUUAAGUAAAUUAAAUGUAAAUAAGAGUUUUAAGCGAACUCUUUAGGAAUAAUUAUGUUUUAAGUAUAUCUAUCAAAAAUAGGUCCUCCAGAUUUUUUUUUUGUAACUUGAAACUGCUAAAUUAAGUUCAAUGAUGGCAAUUCAUUGAAUAUCCAGUUCAUUUCCAAAUAAGAUACUGAAAUAUUAAUUACUGAACAUAGGUUUCCUUUUACAGAGAAACUAAAGAUAUUUAGGACUAUUAAUAAAUGUGUAAUAUCGUAUACUAACGCAUAUAUGUGGAACCUAGAAAAAUGGUACAGAUGAACCGGUUUGCAGGGCAGAAAUAGAGACACAGAUGUAGAGAACAAAUGUAUGGACA